UGCGUGUCACUGAAUUAACGCGAGAUUUGUGCCAAUAAUAACCAUUAUCUAAAUAGAUUUUCUCUAUCUAUACGGCCCGCUCCACAUUCUUAGAAGUAAGCUCAGUGUUGUUGCAGUAACGGGAAAUAUUUUCCUACAAUUAAACAACAUGCGGGGUUUUCUAACCGCGCUCUGCCUGGCGAGCUGCUCGCUUCACGUCGCUGCAUUUCUCGGCUUCCCCUGGGGAUCUGCUGAGAGCGACUGGAACUUGUGCGCGUCGGUCGAUGGGCGGCCGUGCGACUGCCCAGAUGACGUGUUUGAAGCCGACCGCGCCGGCCUGGACUGCUCGUACCGCGACAUCGGCUACCUCCACGAUGGAGCUGUAGUUCCGUUGCGCUUCAAGAAAGUUGAUCUAUCGAACAACCGCUUGAGGAACUUCACGGCGACAACCUUCUCCUCCAACAACUCGCACGUCACUGAGCUGGACAUGGCUGCCAACCUGCUGUCCGUGAUCCCUCCCAAUGCCUUCGUUAAUUUACCUGGGCUCCUAAAGCUUGACCUCAGUAACAACGAAAUUCAGAUCAUAACCAACGACAGCUUCAAUGGCAUUGCCAACUUAAGCUCGUUGGAUUUAAGCCACAACAAGCUACACGUGUUCGAGGCUAAUACCUUCAUGCUGCUGCCACGUCUGCAGCGGCUGCAACUAAAGUACAAUCCUGUAAAUUUUUUGCCGGACUCUCUGUUUACUGGUCUUUUCAACCUAACUCAUUUGGACCUCACGCAUCUCCAACUCGUAGCUUUACACAACGAACUCUUCACUGAUACCACCAGUUUAGAAGAGCUAUCCCUGGCUUUCAACGAACUCGGCUCAGUACCAACGAAGGCUCUUUUCAAACUGUCACCUUCUCUGAAGGUGUUAGACCUUUCGGGCAACCUCUUCACUGAGCUGACAUCGUACUCCAUCUACAACAUGAAGCGUCUACACGAGCUCUACCUGCGGCAGCUCAUCUACCUGAAAGCCAUUGACGACUACGCCAUCAAUGAGUGCAAUAAUCUCAGGAACCUGGAGCUGCAACUCCUUCCUAGGAUAUCAUUCAUCUCUUCCAGGUUGUCGUACACGAGGCUGGAGACGCUGCCGGAGGGCCUGCUCAACUGGACGCUGGUCAAGUCUCUGGAGCUCAGCCACAACCAGUGGCGUUGCGACUGCCAUAUGGCCUGGAUCAAAGGCUCCCCGGUCGAAAAACUUGUCGGAGAGAAUUUCUACUGCUCGCUGCCGAACAGACUGCGCGGAUCGCCGCUGUCGCAGCUCAAAGAAGAAGAUUUUGUGUGUAAAGCCAGCGACGAUUACCCUGACCCCAAGCAAUGGGGUGUUGUGGCCGUGCUGCUGCUGGUCGGCGUGCUCGCUUCCAUCACGACCGUAGCGUUCCUAUUCUACCGCCGUAACGGCUUCUUGUGCCGUAAAACUGACAACUACAGCCAACUUAAAGCUGCUAGUCGUGAGACUAUCACCGUCGUGGACUCAUCAGCCGUGUCCAACACCGACGCUGAGCUCAACGUUGCAUGA